CAGCUAACCACACCUUCCCUCGACAGAGCGGUCAAGGCUUUUGAGUCAGCCUUGGAUCCAACAGUUCAUGCCUCAAAACCCAUAGUAUAGGGACCUCACACCCACACUUUUCACCACAUGCGACACAGAUGAAGGCCGAUCUCGAACUUUACAGCUGAAAGGGAUCGUCAUUCCCAUUAACUAUAACCUUCCGACUUCCGCGCGAAGAUGGCCAAUCCUCCUUCGCCAAAGUCACAGUUGACCGGUCUACACAGCCGGUCCAAUACAGAUCCAUCAAGUAGUACCGUGGUAGAUGCCGAGUUGUCGUUGGAGCCCAAAAAAUUCGAUUUCGGGCCCGCAGCCCCAGCGAUUGCUCGAACCAAUUCCGCGCCAGACCCGUUCCUCCAAUACCCUUUUGCUCGUCGACAGAAUCCAUCCGCUUUGAAUGCGCUCAAUGAGCUGACAGCCGACACUAUCCAGUCUGCUGCCCAACUCCUGCUCCACUUGACCCCCAGGCAUGAGACCAAUCAGGUCGAUGUCCCCGCGGCCAGUCUCGGGGCCCUGCUCUCAACCCUUCGCAAUCUCAACUAUCUCUGCGCUAAUGCCGAUGCAUGCGAUGGGGAAUCGCAAGUCACUCCAGAUCUGAGGACUUUCAUUGUGGGCGAGAUGCUUCAGAGAGUCGGCGACAUCCUUAGUGGUCAAGCUGCUCAAGGAGGUGUCGACUUGGUCAUCUCAGAUGCCUCAGAUGGGAGGCUCGCGCAUGGCGAUAUCCAAGGUGCCAGCUUGCUUGUGACGCAUAUUGUGAGGCAAAUGCUCGCAUGUGCUUCGCCCGCGGAUGUGGUCGAGAUGGGAUUAACCGUAACAGAGACAGCAUUUGUCUUCAGACUAUCUCAUUCUCCAAAACCAUCGAUGCCUCGAGGUCCCGUGGCAGAAUCACCUUUCUGUCAGGCGAUGAUCCAGUCUACGAAAGCGACUUUGGGAGACGAGAGUACCCCGAAUGAGCACGUGGUGUCACUUCAAAUUCCCAUGUCGCCUGUCCAGGCAAAUCAGGCCACCAGCACAGAAAGUCGCCUUCGCGGCAAAACUAUCACCCUAUGCGCUUUCGCUACUAGCAUCUUCUUCAAGAAUUGUAUGAACCUCAUCAGCCAAUGGGGACUGCAGGAGGCGUCGGAUGGAGCCAAUCCCGAUAUCAUCCUCAUUGACGACGACUUGGCCCGGCUUCAGCUCGAAAUAUCCAACCUUGCACCCGAUUUCGCGACUCUACCCCAGUCAUCUUAUCCAUCGACUGAUUUUGACUCUCAAGGCAAGCCUUUCAUUGUCCAUGCCACCAGUAUUGCACGAUUUGCAUCCGCGCAGAACCUUGCCUCUCGGUCACCGAUUCCCGUGAUCGUCAUUCCGAAGCCAGUCGGACCUCGGCGACUUCUGAUGACACUUCUCGCUGCUUCCUGUGCCCCAUCUCAACCAUACAGCCGCCGAGGCUCCCUUGAGACCGCCGAUGCAUUAAGCAGAUUGCAUCUCUCCAUUCCAACUGGGGGCGAUGUGGUUGCUACUCCAGCACACGAGUAUUUCACGCACAACAGUCCUGGAACGCUCGUCAUGCAGACGCCGGAUGGACGCCCGUAUGGCAUGUACUUUGAACCUCUACCUAGUAAUGACCGUAAGCCAUUGCUUACUUCUCGACCCUCCUCGGACCCACUGCGUCGACGUCAGAUCGCGAGACGCACACCAUCUGGUUCCAAGGUGGAGGACUCGCCGGCGUCGCCCGAGUCAAAGACACCAGCGAGCGAGUCGAGUCAGUCUGUUCGCAGGCGCACGCUGCCCACGCAGGGUAGUGAGACCAUUCCAGUCAACGGACGAGAGAGAUCGGCCACUAUGACGCAGCGCAAAUUGUCGCAAACCUCUGUGGGCUCCCCGAAGAAUCUCACUCCUAAGAAAACACCUGCACCCAAGGAUGCCAUUGUGCCUCCGAUCAAGGUGCUCAUUGUUGAAGAUAACCCGAUCAAUCAAAACAUUCUGAGCAUGUUCCUUCGGAAAAAACAGAUCAAACACGAUACUGCUAAGACCGGUCUUGAGGCUGUUGAGCGUUGGCGCACGGGUGGCUUUCAUCUGAUCCUGAUGGAUAUUCAGUUGCCCGUCAUGGAUGGUAUAGAGGCAACCAAAGAGAUUCGAAAGCUGGAGAAGACCAAUAAUAUCGGCAUAUUCCCCACGACCCCGACAGGCGAUAUUCAGCGUUCGACGAGUACGGAGACCCCUUCAACACCGCUCCGGUCCUCUGUCAUCAUCGUUGCCCUCACUGCGUCAUCCUUACAGAGCGAUCGAGUCGGAGCUCUAGCGGCAGGUUGCAACGAUUUCCUCACCAAACCUGUCUCUUUAAAGUGGUUGGACCGCAAGAUUGUCGAAUGGGGUUGCAUGCAGGCAUUGAUUGACUUUGAUGGAUGGAGGAGGUCAAAAGGGGCGGACGGUGGCGGCGCUUUCAACGCAGAGGCUCAAAGAGCAGCCAAGUCUUUGGCGUCUCGGAUGAAGAUUGAUCGUAAGAAGCCUGUUAGUCCAGCCUCCUUGGAGGCGGCAUCAGAAUUGACAUCUAUACGGGAAGACGCAGAGAGUCCUGUUGUAAAAGCUACGUAA